AUGGAAGACUCGAGUCCAAAGGGUCAGUCAAAAAAAACACCAAUCAUCUUAAUUCACACUAAUAAUCGUCAUCAUCAACAACAACAACAACAAGAUCAACAAGAUCAAGAUAGAAUGAGUCCAACACCUAGUUCAUCAUUUGUAAUGUCGGAAAAGUCUUUGAUGGUGCCAUCAUCGUCUUCGGCUAUUGCCUCGUCGUCCAUUUCACCGCGAGAGAGAUUACCCAAACGAAAAAAAUCAGAGGAUCUCUCUGGUAAUGAUUCUUCGUCGCCAUCCACCUCACCCACAUUGCUUGCCGGUGCUGGCACACUUGCCUCCCGUGUCAACAACAACAACCACCAGCACCACCACCAUCAAAAUCAAAAUAAUAAUAAUAAUAAUAAUAUUGGAGACUUGGAUUCAUUGCUACAACUCAUCAGUAUAUCAAUCCAUAACCAUCAACACAAUGCACACAAUAUCCCAUCCAUAAGAUUACCACGUGACCAAAAUUAUAAUUUUAUCUUUCAUGAAAAUCAUGGACAUGAAAUGUUGGAGGAAUUAUUAUUUCCAAAAGAAAGAUUGGGUUGUGAUGACGACGAUCUUGCAUGUGACGAUACAGAGGCCUUGUCUUUUACCCAAGAUUCACUCAAGAAAUAUGAAAAUUUGUAUGCAUUCUACGACUCUGCCAUGUCCAUCUCGGAUAUUACACCCCCUGGAUCUGCCGCUGGCGGUCCUCCAUCUUCACCACGUACUAGGGACUGUCUUGAGGGUAUCAAGAAGCUUCGCGCCGACUCUGGCAGUGGUAUCGGUCACCACGGCCACCUCCAUUCAGGCGUCUCUUCAAAGUGCAUCAGCGACAUGGAGGAUGACGAGAGCACAUUUGAGUCACUCGCAAUGGUCAUCGAAGGUAUUUCCAACAAGAACAAACUUCAACAACAACAACAACAACAACUAAAUAAUCAACACCAACAUCAACAUCAUCAACACCAUCAACAACAACCACAACAGUUGAUUGGCGCCAACCGAUUCACCAAUACCGUGUCGAGUAAUCCAACCAUCAAUACCACCUCGACAUCACCAUCGUUUGGGUCAUACCCUCCAUCUACAUAUGGUGUACGAACAGGUACUGCUGUAAGCGUUGGAGGAGGAGGACAAGGAGGACAGGGACAAGGACAACAAAUACUUCAUUCGCCAGACUUUGAUGACAGCGAAAACUAUGCCAUUCCAACUAGAUACUCGUCCAGAGGUGUACAGCUCCGUGAACAAAUGAUAAAGUAUGGUUUGCGACUCUUUAGAAUGGAUAGUGAAGGUCGUUACAUCUGUUUCUUCCAAGGGUGCAGCCUGCACAUGAUCACCAACUUUUCCAGACAUGUUGCCAAACAUGAAAAGGUCGGCGAUGUCAUCAAACCCGAGUUGUUCCACCUAUCCAACUUUUACAAACAACAACAACAACAGCAACAGCAACAACAGCUGCAGCAACCACAGCUCCAACAACAAGCUGCCCUACUUGCCCAGCUCCAACAAUCGCCACUUGCCCAACAACUACUCACUCAAACCAUUGCCAACUCAACCCUCCAACAGCAACAACAAUUACUUAUCCAAUUACUACAACAACAAACUCAACAACCUACUACUUCGACAUCAACUCCUUCCGCCACUACUACAUCAUCGUCGUCAUCUUCACAAUCUCAACCACCUUCACAGCCACAAACUCCACAAUCAAAGAAACAAUCAAGUGGUAGUAGUAGUAAUAGUAAUAGUCAAAAUAAUAAUAAUAAUAAUAAUAAUUUUCCAACAUCACCAAAUAGUACUAUGAAAAUAGGAUCAAAUACAUUGUUAAAUACCUUGCUCGAGGGAGUCAAUAGUGCUGCUGCUGCUGCUGCUAGUAGUGCAACAACAACAACAACCAAUACAUCAUCUUCAUCUUCCACAACAACACCAUCAUCAUCUUCUCCUUCUCUUCCAUCUUCUCGUGAUACACCUUUCCAUAAAUUUACUAGUUAUGGAAAUAAUACAAAUAACACUAGUAAUAAUAAUAAUAAUAAUAGUAACAACCAAAAUCAAACUAAUAUUGUAGAUAUUGAAUCAACAUUGUUUAAGUCAAACAGUGGAUUAUCAUCACCCAAAAUAGGCAUUUCAAACUCAACCACUUCCACCUCCACCUCUUCCUCCUCCUCCACCACCACCACUUCCUUUGUAAACAAAUCUUCAAAUAUUACCAUCCCAACUCCUCCAACUCCUUCUUCUACUUCUUCACAAAGCUCUUCUAAUUUAAAUUCAUCAUCUCCUCCACUGGAAGACUCUGAAAUACAAUGGGUAUUUAAAAAGAAAAAAUCCAAUUAA